UGUAACUCUGAAGAACCACUGUGAAUAUGUGUGUUCGUUUGUGUAAUUUUUUAUGAUUUUGUUUGUUUAUUGCUAGAAUUUGGCUCAAUCCCUAACAUUUUACUUAAAUGAUCAUUGGCACAUUGGGAUAUUGAAUUGUCCAAAAACUUUCAGCAGCACUUUCCCUGUUCAUGCAACUAUCUGGGAGGAUCAAGGAAGAGAUUGAAAUAUUUCAGCUAAAACUGAAGCAGUUGGAAGAAGGGAUUGCUUUUGGUGGGAAGAAGACAAAGAUUGCUAGAUAUAAACGGAAGAAGAUUCAAAUUACAAUUGAAAAAGACUUGUUAGGGAAUUUGGCCUGGGCAUACAUGCAGCAGGGAGAUUUCAAAUCCGCAGAAGAGCAUAAGCAUUACAGAAGAGGACUCUCUUUUAAGCCAGAUAAGAAUAAACAGUGCAAUCUGUCUGUAUGCUUGAUGCACACGAACAAGUUGACAGCAGAUAAAUUUCUGCUUCAAAAUGUAAGAGUUCCAUCUGAAAAUGAGCAUGUGGAUGAAUCAUAUGCUAAAUCCUUUGAGCGUGCCACUAAAAUGCUAACUGAGUUGGAGUCUCAGCAUGUUUUUAAGGCUACAGAAAGGGGAAAAGAUUCUGAGAAUCUGAUUGUAGAAGAAAACACCAUCUGUUUGGUAUGGGACGAGGGGACGCAGAUUCUGCAUGCAAAAUGGAACAAGAAUCACCCUUUGGAGCUGGAAGAAUUUUGAAAGUUUCAUUUACACAGCGAAGAAGAUGGUCAUAGCCAUUUGAUGGUGAUCACAGCAGCGGAUGGUCAGCCGAGGAUGCAGAUUCUGCAAGCAAAAUGGCAGAUGAUUCACUGUUUGGUGCUGGAAGGAUGCUGAAAGUUCCAUUCAGACGACCAAGAUGUUUAUUUUCAUUCACUAGUGGAGAUCAAAAAAGAGGAAAUGCAGGAGGAGAUUUUUGUUGAAAAUUGUCCUUUGAGCAAUCUAUUAAUGGAGAAAAUAAUCAAUUUGUAGCAAACCAGAAUCCUGAAUCCAAUAUUCCAGAAGUGAUGCCCCAAAUUUUAGAAAAGCAUUUAGCAUAUGUUGAUGGAGACUGGACAAAGAGGCCACUGGGUAAUCUUUCUAGAGUUGACAGUGAAGAAAGAUGGAACUUUAUGGCAUAUGAUGGCCAGAAGAAAGCUUCUAUGGAGGAAUACAAAUUGUUUUCAGAAUUACACUUUUCUGGUGAUCGUACAAACUCUAGAGAAACUUCUGGAUUUUCAAUUUCAUUAACACUUGUAGCUUGGAACCUAAAGCAGCUAAAGAAAAUUCGGAAAAUCUAGAA